GGCCCGGGCCGCUCAGAAUGCUCUCUCUCCCUCGGGGGGAAAAUAACAACGACGACGAGGGUGACAGGAACAACGGCAGCAGUUGUGACUCCCGCCUUGGCGGGACGGAAUCGCUUGCCUGAUCUGAGCCGGGAGGACACCCAGCCCAGGCAGAGUGGGGAAUGGACGCCUGGGGGCCGGGAGGACCUACUUAGUAUAAGAAAAGGCUAGCUGUGGGUGGCCAGGGCGGAAUUGAAAGGAAACUGACCAGCCCAGGGGGCAGAGGGGAGGGGAAGUAUUCCGUGCUUGAGGUUCCGACCCUCUCUGGAGGCUCCAUUUUAACUGAUUUGCAUCCUACAGGGCCACCUCUGGGGUGUGUGUGGACCUUGGUUAAUUAGCGAAGGUCUGGGGUCUUCACUGUUAACCUGGUAACUCGGCUAUCCCUCCCCUGGCUACUGAAGGGUUAACUAAAUGUCUGUCCCUUGAACUGAUCCAUUCCCAUUUUCUUCGAAGUCAGCACUGAGGCCCCAAGAAGGGAGGUCUGUGAAUCUCCUGCCCUUCCUUGUCCGUGACCUAAGUGAUGGGGUCUGGAGUCUUGACUGUGCAAGUCGUGUGGGUGGGUUCGACCAUUUUUCUGAAAUCUUUGGGCCAGAAAUCCUUGGCUUAGAGGAUAAAGGAUUCUGGGGCCCGGUCACCAGGGAGAAGGGAUAAUGCCUGCUUUUGCCUUCUUGGGCACACCCUACCUGACCUUUCUUAAACCAGCUUAUCAGGUCACACCUUGGUUCCAAGACCUCCAGUGGUGCGCUGACCCUGAAACAGACCUGCCCUGCAGAGAGCAGGGGUGAUGGCCCGGGUCUGUUGUCCAACCCAGGGCAACCUGGGUUCGCUCCCUUUUCCUGCCACUCACCAGCUUGCACCCAGUAAAUGAUUUGGCAUCUCCCAGUGCCAGUUUCCUCUUCAGGAGAACGGGGAUUACGUGGGAACAGACUGCAGGGUGGCGGUGGAGGCUGUGAAGGGGGAAUGAGACGGUGGCUGGACCAAGGAGGAGGCAGGGGGAGGGGAGAGCGAGCGGAGGUGAAAAGUUGCUGGAUUCUGGAUACCUUUCCGAAGAUGAGGAAACCGAACAGGGAGGCUGUUUGCAGAGCCGCGGUGACCUGUCCAGACCCCUCGUAGCGAAUCUGGGAGGGCUAAGAACCACCCGUCUCCCCGAAUCCACACCUUCCUAUCCGCUGAGGGGGGUAAGCUAAUGGCCUGCCUCCCGGUCUUGUGUGGCCUGCCAGCCAAGACCAGGAUAAUGCAGACUCCACCAGCCAUUCCUGUGCCUGUGCUCCGGCUCCCCCGGGGCCCUGAUGGCUUGAGCCGAGGCUUUGCCCCAGACGGACGCAGGGCCCCCCCGAAGCCAGAGGCUCCUGGAAGCCCGGGAUCUCCAGCAGGUCGAGAGUCUCGGGAAUCCCGGGAACAGCAGGCCCGAGCCGCACUUCGGGAACGCUACCUCCACAGCCUGCUGGCCAUGGUGGGUCACCAGGUGAACUUCACACUGCACGAGGGUGUGCACGUGACCGCCCACUUCGGAGCCGCCGACCUGGACGUGGCCAACUUCUACGUGCUGCAGCUGCAGACGCCGAUAGGCGUGCAGGCCGAGGCGCUGCUGCGGUGUAGUGACAUUAUUUCCUACACCUUCAAGCCGUGAGGACGUGACUGUGUUCACCUUUCUGCCCGAGGCCUGGCCGCGGUAUCCCAGCCUCCAAAUGUUCACGAGCCCAGCACCCUGGGCCCCACAGGGUUUGGAACAUCCUUGGAAAUUUGAGCCGAGCGCCGGGCAACUCUGGCUUCUUGGGACCUGCGGAGACCAGUCAGUAAAAUUCUGCAACCACAAGAGUUCUAGAGCCCGUUGGAAGGAAUGCUCUGCCUCACAGGAAUCUAAACUCUUACAACAGGGCCUCAUGCCAGUUCCUGAAGACUGGGGGUUGGGGGCGGUUAAUAAAGGGCGGCACAUCGCAGAGUGGGAAAUUGUCUGUUGAAGUUGGGAAGUUCAGCCACCCUGGAGAAAGUCCCCUCUACUAAAGAACCCAUUAUUCCAGGAA